AUGGACAAUCCUAUCCGAACGAGUCGUUGGAUAGUGGAACCAAAGGCUCUGGUGCUUAUGAACAUUCCGGAUCAGAGAAGCUAUAUCGUAGAUGCAAAAAGAAACCGUAUCAGUGAUCACAUGGCUUACAAACUAAAUGAUGAUCAGAACACCACAAUUGCUGAAAAUAUUUGUGAAUACGAUUACCCCAAGCAUUUUUUUGUCGAAUAUUGGUAUACGUUUGGGCAAAAGGCCUAUGUAUGUCCUGUAAAGGACAAAAUUCCCCAAGUUUUGUCAUUGGGACGUAAAUAUUCUGCAAUGAUGUGGAAGUCUUCACAGUUCAUUGGUGUAGCAAUAGUCGAUAAAAAAGAAGAUCAAAAGCUUACAAAAAGGCUUGUAGUGGUAAGGUUUCACCCACCUGGUAAUCAAGUUGGCGAAUUUAGCAAAAAUGUCCCAUUAGGCGAUAAUAAAACUAAUGGGGCUUCAAAAUCUGGUUGGCAACGUAUUAUUGAGCUAAGCCUGAUCUGUUCCUGGAUUAUCGUAAUUAUCAAUGUGCCUUUAUUUGUCUGAGCCAACAUCCAACGGAUUGGAUUACUUCCCAACAUAUGAAGUGUGUAGGGCUGCCCAUA